AAUGUAACUAUUAUCUGUUGUAUACUGUGUAUAUGUUAUGUGCUUUAUCACACCACUAAUCUAUAAGAGAAAAGCAUAGAGAUCACUCCUGCAAGGAAAGAUCAAAGAAAGAGUAAACAAAACGUAAGAAUGGCGACAACAAAUUCAACAAUCCGAGGAUUGGAAGAUAUGUUGAUGCACAUGUUGAGAAGAUGCCACAAGACAACAUAUUUGAGGAGAAUACAUGCCCUAAUGGAGAAGCUGUCACUGCUGCAAAGCAAUUUCUUGGUGACAAAAAUGGUGGAUAUCUGCGACCAAAACGGAGAGAUCGAGUACGCAAGAUUACUGUUCGAAAGGGUUAUUAACCCCAACAUUUUCUUGUACAAUGCAAUGCUCAGAGCAUAUACACACAGCCAUUUGUACAUACUGACCAUCAACACGUAUAAAAAAAUGCUGAGAAGCUCUGCACCACAAUUACAAGAAAAAAUAAUUCCUGACAGAUUUACUUACCCUUUUGUUCUUCGAUCCUGUGGAGGGCUUCUGAGUGUUUUGCUAGGAAAACAAGUUCAUGGGCACGUCUGUAAAUAUGGGUUGAUUGGUAAUAACAUUGUUGUGAAUUUGUUGUUAGAUAUGUACGUCAAGUGCGAUGGAGUUGCUGAUGCCCGUAAGGUAUUCGACGAAAUGCCUGAAAGAGAUGCCAUUUCUUGGAACAGUCUUAUAUUUGGGCACAUGAAGUUGAGCCAAGUGAAGAAAGCAAGAGCCCUGUUCGAAGCCAUGCCAAAUAAGACUAUUGUUUCUUGGACGGCUAUGAUAUCCGGGUACACGAAAGUCGGAAGUUUUGGGGAUGCUUUGGAUGUGUUCAGAAGAAUGCAGAUGGCGGGGGUGCAGCCGGAUUGGGUCACAUUGGUCGCAGUCUUGCCGGCUUGUGCUCAGUUGGGAGCGCUGGAGCUCGGAAAAUGGAUUCAUUUUUACGCGGAAAGGAACGGGUUUAUAGAAAAGAUCCGCGUUUGCAAUGCAUUGAUUGAAAUGUACACGAAAUGCGGCAGUAUGAACCAAGCCUUGCAGAUUUUUGAUAGUAUGGCUGAAAGGGAUGUUAUAUCCUGGAGCAGUAUGGUUGCAGGGCUAGCGCAUAACGGGAGGGCGCAUGAAGCGAUUGCGAUGUUCCACGAGAUGCAGAGGGCGAAGAUCGAGCCAAAUGAGAUCACAUUCGUGGGUGUAUUGUCAGCAUGCGCGCACGCAGGCCUGUUGGACGAGGGGCUGAAGUAUUUCGACUUGAUGCAAAAGGAUUACAAAGUAGAGCCUGAGAUCGAGCAUUAUGGUUGCAUGGUGGAUCUCCUAGGGCGCACGGGGAACAUUAGCCGUGCGGUGGAAGUGAUAGGGGGCAUGGAAAUGGAAGCAGAUUCGGCGAUAUGGGGUUCGGUGCUGAGCUCCUGCAGGAGUCAGCGCGACCUGAAGACGGCGGUGGUUGCAAUGGAGCGUCUGUUGGAGCUGGAGCCGGAAGACACGGGGAACAUGGUGCUGCUGGCGAAUAUAUACGCCGAUUUAGGGGAGUGGGAAGGGGUUUCGAGGAUGAGGAAGUUGAUUAGGAGCAAGAAGAUGAAGAAGAGGAGACCUGGUUGUAGCUUGAUUGAGGUGAAUGGAGUGGUUCAAGAAUUUGUGUCUGGAGAUGAUCCAAAAGCAGCAGCAGCAGAGGCUGUUUUGGUGCUGUUGGGUGUCCAAAUGUCAACUGAAUUUUGGACUGAUGAUGAGUUUCUUGAUCAAUAAAUAGACAUUACCACAUUG